UUCCGCCAUGGAAGUUCUUUACGAGUCAGCAAAUUUUUUGACAAAAUGACUAGUUCAGCUGAAGUAAUUGAAGAUAAUUCACAAUUGAAGGAAAAUGAAACUAAUAUGGAUUUUGCAACUUCUGAAAAACAAGAAGCACGUGCAUUUUUACGUGAACGAUUUCUACGUGUAAUUACUGGAAUUGUUGGCAAACAAGCAGAUUUUUAUUUAUACGAAAAUACGCGGGUUUCUGCCGAGUUUAGAGGUUGUGAUGUAGAAUGCUUGGAAGUAUAUACACGGAACUUGGAAACACCAUUGGGCAAGAUUCCAGAAGCUGUUCUAAGAACAAGUGACAUUAUUUAUAUGGAUAUGAAUGACAUUAAUGUAGCACAAUAAAUUUUCAAAAUACAGAUUGCCAAAGUUCAAGUGGCUGCGUCAAGCAAAGCUUCCACCUCGAGAUCAAAUAACUUUGAUAACCCUGCGCCGAAAGAUGUGAGGAAUUUGAAAAUUAAUAAGGAGACGAGGCAAAAGGAGGGAUUCGAUUUUGGAAAUGAAGAUUUACAGAAUUUUUCGAUGGAGCAGGGAAAAUCGUCGAUCGUUCACUGCAGAGCAAUUCGUGAUGUUUACAUACCAGAGGUGAAACGGAACUUACCAGCUGUGGCGUGUAAAUUUGGCAACAAUACUUUCGUUUUAUCAAGCGAGAGAUUUCUCGACGAUCGACGAUUAUAUCUGGAUAUAAGAAUCGACGAGAAUGUAUUUGAAAAUAUAAAGCAUAAUGCCUCGAAAAUGUCCAGAAGCAACGAAUC